GCUACAUUUAUAUACUUACAAAUAUUGCAUUUAUAAAUUUUAUAAGUUUCCUGAAAUAAGAUAAAAGAAUAUUCCCCGUUAAUGAUCCGAUCUACUUGUUGCAUUCCUUUAAAUUAAUAGAAAGAAAAAAGAAAAAGAGAAAGAGAGAAAGAGAGAGAUUAAUUAAUUGUAAGGUACUCGAUGGCUGAGAAGCAAGUAUAUAAUUUAUCCAAACCUUCCCCUUCGGAAAUGGCUGCUCUUUCAACGAUAUUCGAAGACUGCACGAAUGCGCUCGUUAUUUAUCGAGAAACACUCAAAAAGGUUUUUAAGCAAUCGGAAAACACGACAGUUCCUUAUGUUCUUUACGAACUCCAAAACUUGGAAACAACGGAUAAGGAAAUAUUUAACGAGGACAUGAAAAAAAUGAUAAAAGAUAUCCAAGAACAAGCUACGUAUACUAAACUACAAAACGAUAGCUUAUACGUGAGAAGUAUUAUUGAAAAAUUGAAGGAAGAAAUACGCGAGAGUUGUAGUUUCGAUGUAUUGACUAAAGAAAUUGAAAGAAUCGUGAAGCGUAGAAAAGAAGAAGAGACUUUAUUCGAAAAAUGUACGUCAAUGAAAAAAACAGCUAUGGAACUUCGACAAACUCUCGCCAACGAAAAAAUGAGCAAUGAAGUGGAGAGAACCCGUCUAAGGAAUAUACUGCUCGACUUAAAGAAUGAAAAUGAAAAACAGAAAAUAGUUUCUGACGUUGAAUACAAGUAUUUGUGUAAGUGGAAUAAAGCUAAGUGCCAACAAAAUUUGAUCAAGUGUGAGGAAGAAUGGAAAAGAUUGACAAAAUUCUACGAUGAUCUUCAUAAACGUGAAAAAAUUCAACAACUUAUAUCGAAACAAUUGAUUACGUUUCUUAUGCAUGAUAUCAAGUGUAUCGAAGAAAAGAUCGAAGAAUGGCAGAAACGUUACGAUCGGGAGAAGAAAAUGUAUGAGGAAGAAAUCCGUGAAGUGAACAUAGAGAUAGAAACUCGACAAAAAGACAUAGCUGAACUCUCACAAGAGUAUGAUAAAAAACAAAAAUUUAUAGACACUUACCUCGCGGAAAAGGAAGCGAUGAAAAAACAAAAGGAACAUGAACAACACGUGCGAGGAUGCGCCAUCAGGAUCCAAGCUUGGUGGCGCGGUGUUAUGGUACGCCGGAAGUUGGGUCCGUAUCGACCUGAAGAGAAAAAAAAGAAACGUCAACCUAAAACGAAGAAAUAAUUUCUUUUCGUAUGGUUUCACUUCUGAGUUCACCUGAAUAGAACUGUGCGACUAUUCAGAGAACAAAAUUUACUUAACUUAAACGUAUACUCGCCCUUUUGUUUACAUUUGGAAAGGUAAGGAAGUUUCAUCGUACGUUGACCAAACUAAAUUUAUAGAAGACAAACCUUCCGAAUAACAAAUAACGUUAUUUUAUUUUCCGAGCUAACAAUAAGUUUACUAAAAUUUCAAUAAAACGAUUGCAUUAGUGCUAGGUUCCUAAAAUAAUUGAU